UUUUCACUGAAGCCAGGGCCAGGCUCGUCAAAAAAAAACAAUUUAAGGAGAUGAAAGUCUUCGAAAAGAAUGGGCCCUAUAUGUCUGUUUUAAACGAUGAUAACAACAAUAAUAAGCUGAAUGGUGCACGUCACGUCUUCAACGAUGGUGGAGGGGGUGUUGGUGGUUAUUGCAGUAAGGAGGGGAAUGAGGCUGAAAAUGUUGGGGUCAAUACAACGGAAGCCUUCAAAAUCUGUGGGCAUCAAAGAGGAUGUAUCGGCUACCUGGCCAAGUAGACAAACACUGUGUAAAUUGAUGGAAUCUAGAGGGGCUGAUGCUAUUUUGAAGGUGAAUGAGGAAUUUGGAGGAAUUGAAGGACUUUGUGCAAAAAUGGGUGUAGAUCCAAUCAAGGGAUUGCCAUCAGAUGUUGCUUCACCAGAAUUGGCUAAAAGACGUGAAAAGUAUGGACCAAAUACAAUUCCAAGUACAAAAGCAAAACCAUUUUGGCGACUUCUUUUCGACGCUAUCAAGGAUCCAACAUUAAUUAUCCUGAUAGUCGCAGGUUUCGUCUCUUUAUUAUUGUCCUUUGUCGAGCCUGGCCAAGGCGGAGGUGUUGUUGCUGUUAAUGGAGGAAAUAACAACAACACUAACAACUUUGGAGGGAAUAUGACAACAACAACUGGACUUGAGGGAUUAUUAAAUGAGACUGAAACGAACAAUAAUAAUGUCGCUAGAAGAGAAAGAAAUUGGAAUGCCUCAGCCAAACCUUUACCUGUUACUUUAUCGAACUCCAAUUUAUCCUUAAUAAAACCGCCGGACAUAUUAAAUCAACAACAACAACCUAAAGAAGAGCAUGAAUCUGCAUGGAUUGAAGGAGUUGCCAUUCUUUUAUGUGUUGUUGUCGUGUGCCUUGUGACAGCAAUUAAUGAUUACUCAAAGGAAAGGCAAUUUAGAAAUCUUCAAGCUAAAAUUGAAACAGGCCAAAAAUUUUCGGUAAUUCGAGAUGGUGAACCUAUGGAUAUUCCUGUUUCUGAUUUAGUUGUUGGUGACAUUGCUCGUGUGAAAUAUGGCGAUUUAAUUCCAGCAGAUGGUUUAAUAGUUCAAAGUAAUGAUCUUAAAGUUGAUGAAUCUUCUUUAACUGGAGAAUCUGAACAUGUUACUAAAAGUUUGGAAAGGGAUUUGGCUUUGCUUUCUGGCACAUAUGCAAUGGAGGGAAGUGCAAAAAUGGUAAUUACGGCAGUUGGAGUUUACUCACAAACGGGCAUUAUAAUGACAUUACUGGGUGGUGGCCGUCCAGAUAUUUCCUCCUCCACAACAACUUCCUCCUCCGAUUCAGACACCUCAUCAUUUUCUAGUUCAUCUUCACAUUCUUCUUCCUCGUCUUCCUCUUCAAAUGAUGAAAAUAUGGAUGAUAUUCAUUCAAAAUCAAUUUUACAAACAAAAUUGUCUGCUUUAGCCCUUCAAAUAAUUUAUUGUGGAACUAGUGUUGCUGUGUUGGCUUUGUUAAUACUCAUCAUUCCAUAUUGCAUUAGAGAAUAUUCUGAAACUGGUUCUAUUUUUGAGUUGGAACAUUUACACAAUUUUGUUAAAUUUUUUAUUAUUGCUGUUACAAUUUUGGUUAUUUCAAUACCUGAAGGUUUACCACUAGCAAUUGCUUUAUCUUUAACUUAUUCUGUUCGAAAAAUGAUGUUGGACAAUAAUUUGGUUCGACAUUUGGAUGCUUGUGAAACUAUGGGAAAUGCUACAACAAUUUGUUCUGACAAAACAGGAACAUUAACAACAAACAGAAUGACUGUAGUUCAAUCAUUUGUUUGUGGACGUCUUUACAAUACAGAAAAAAGUCAACCAUCAAAAGGAGAAUUACCCAAAGAUGUCAGUUUACUUUUGAGUGAAGCAAUAACUUUAAAUUGUGCUUAUAAUUCAAUGAUUGUUGAACCAAAGAAAAUUGGAGAACGUUUACAACAAUUGGGAAAUAAAACUGAAUGUGGACUUUUGGGUUGGGUAAAACAAAUUGGGGGAGAUUAUGAUGAAAUUAGAAGAGAAUUUCCAGAAGAAAAAUUAUAUAAAGUCUAUACAUUCAAUUCCUCUCGUAAAAUGAUGAUGACUGUUAUUGAAUUGAAAAACAAAAAUUCUGACGAAUUAAUAGGUUAUAGAUUAUUCUGUAAAGGUGCUUCAGAAAUUCUUUUAAAUCGUUGUCAAUUUUUUGUUGAUUCAAAUGGGGCUGUAGAAGAAUUUAAAAAUGAAUCAAAAGAACGUCUUUCACAACAAGUAAUUCAUAAAAUGGCAGAAGAUGGUUUAAGAACAUUAACUAUAGCCUAUAAAGAUUAUAUUUUGGAUAGUGUUAGAAGUGCUACAGAGUCUGAAAUCCAAAUUCAUUCUGAAGAAGACAUCUGUUGGGAAAAUGAGCAAGAAAUAGCUUCACAACUUGUUGGAUUAGCAAUUUGUGGAAUUCAAGAUCCAGUCCGCGAUGAAGUUCCCGCAGCCAUUGCAAAAUGUAAAAGAGCUGGAAUAACUGUAAGAAUGGUUACUGGAGAUAAUGUAAUGACUGCUCGAGCAAUAGCUAUAAGUUGUGGUAUUAUUUCGCCUGGAGAAGAUUUUCUUGUUCUUGAUGGAAAAGAAUUUAAUAAACAAAUUAAAGAUGAAAAUGAUAAAGUAGAUCAAGCUAAAUUUGAUUUGAUUUGGCCCCGUCUUCGUGUUUUGGCUAGAGCACAACCUACCGAUAAAUAUAUUUUAGUUAAAGGAAUAAUUGAUAGUAAAUUAAAUCCGCAAAGAGAAAUUGUAGCAGUAACAGGAGAUGGAACCAACGAUGGACCGGCACUUAAAAAAGCAGAUGUUGGCUUUGCUAUGGGUAUUGCUGGUACUGAUGUGGCUAAAGAAGCUUCUGAUAUAAUUUUGACUGAUGAUAAUUUUACUUCAAUUGUUAAGGCAGUAAUGUGGGGCAGAAAUGUUUAUGAUUCUAUAUCAAAAUUUUUACAAUUUCAAUUAACUGUGAAUAUGGUUGCCGUAUUAACAGCAUUUAUUUGUGCCUGUACUAUUGGUGAUUCUCCAUUAAAAGCUGUUCAUAUGCUUUGGCUGAAUUUAAUUAUGGACACAUUAGCCUCCUUGGCUUUAGCAACAGAAAUGCCAACAGAAGAAUUAUUACAACGAAAGCCUUAUGGACGCAAAAAACCCUUGAUUUCUCGUACUAUGAUAAAAAAUAUUGGAUGUCAUGCACUCUUUCAAUUAACAAUUUUAAUACUCCUCGUCUUUCAAGGCCCUAAAUUAUUUUCAAUUUCUUCUGGUAUUGGUGCUCCCCUUUUUGCUCCACCAACGGAACAUUUUACUAUUAUAUUUAAUACUUUUGUUAUGAUGACGCUAUUUAAUGAAAUUAAUUCAAGAAAAGUACAUGGAGAAAGAAAUGUUUUUAAGCAUCUUUUAUCAAAUCGAAUGUUUUGUAUUAUUUGGACAUCUACAUUUAUUGCACAAAUUUUAAUUGUUCAAUUUGGUGGAAAAUGGUUUUCAACUGCUCCUCUAACUUUUAGUCAAUGGAUGUUUUGUUUUGGAUUAGGCAUUUUUGAAUUAGUACUUGGACAGAUUGUUGCAUCAAUUCCGUCAAAGAAAAUACUUCCAAAAUGGUUAACUUUCUAUAGAGGAAUUCCAAAAAGAAAACCUUCAAAAAAUCAACAAACAAAUUUUGGUGUAAUUCAAAAACGUCCAAUAAGUCGUGGAUAUAUUUUGUGGGUUAGAGGUGUUGAAUUAAUUGGAAUACAUUAUAAGGUAUGUCGUAAUCUUCAUGAAAACUUGAUGUGUCGUCGAUUGGGACAGACUGCACCAAAAAUGACUGCUGAAGCUGCAGAAAAAUGGCGUCAAUUAUAUCAACAUUAUAGACAUCGAAAGCAUGCCGAAAAAAGAAGACGGGAAUCCAGCAACUCUUGUAAUAAUUUAUCGCCAACAUCAAAUAUUCCUGGUGAUCCUGGAAUUCAAACUUUGUAUGGUUCUACUUCCCAAACAUUGCCCGCAACUGCUACAACACCAACAACACGUCGUUUACAUCGUUUAACACGUCGAUUUAUGAUGCAUCCUAAAUCAGUUUCGAUCGAUGGAAAUGACAAUAGAAAAGAGGAAAAUAUUAAAAAGAAGGGUUCAUCGACAACAAUAGCAAUACCAACAACAGCAACAACCUUAAAACUUUGUGAUGAGCAAAAAACUGAUGGAAAUGGUGAACAAUCAACAACUACAAUUGAAGGCAAAUAACAUUAAUUAAAAAUUUUUUAUUUUAUUGUGUUCUUUUAUUGGCAACCAAUUUUUUUCUCUCAAAUUUUAACAAGGUUUUUUUGUUUUAAUCUUUAAUAAUUUUUAGAGACGUCCGGAAUCCUUGGGUUUAAUUAAAAAAAUUUUUUCGGGGAGGGAAGGGGGGGUGUCUUUUGGGAUCUGGUUUAUUGUACGGGUCUUUGUGUUCUUCUUGUCAGUCUUUUCUUUUUUUUUGGCCUGGGCGUCUCUAAUAAUUUAUUUAAUUGGUUGUUCUCCUUCCUUUUUUUAUCUUCCCCUUUUUUGAGAUUUUUAUUAUUUAAAUUUUUCUUGUUUUUCUUUUU